AUGUCCCCUCCCAGCCGUGAUGCCAUCUCUAACCGCACCUCGUCCAGCAGGUCACGCGGCCAGCCAGCACCCAAGAUCGUGGUGAAGAAGGAGCCCUCGUCGCCCGACAUGACCACCUCUCGACACCGACCCCGACGACUCGACCUGUCGACCAGCUCCAGCAUUGUCCACUCCUCGGGCGCCCUCACUGCCCGGCCCUCGGGGCCCAUGAGCUCUAGGGAUUCCGCCUCGUUCCAUGAUGUCGGCCUCGCCUGCCUCUCGCCCGGCUUCCACACCAACGACCCCUCCAUGCGCGAGCAGCUUCACAAGAGCUUGGAUGUCAGAGAGAGACAAAGGCAGAUCAUCGAAGCACGCCAGAAGCACGGCAAGGGUGGCCCCGAUGACGAGGGAGCCCGCACCGCAGACAUGAGCCCGUUCGGACGGCCCAUGAAGACGCCCAACACGUCGCGCAGGAAGGGACCACCUCCAGGUCUCUCCAUUGCUCCUCCGUCCCACGCUCAGUUUGCGAAUGAGCGAGUGAUCCAGUCCGCACCGAUUAACCAGUCGUUCACCGGUCUGCGCAACAACCUGCCGCCGUCUCGCCAGCUCGCCAAUGGCCCGUCAAACCUGGCGCAAACGUCACAUAUCCACCACGUUCCCGCACAGCAAACGAACAACAGGCUCCCUCCAAUCUCCGAUGUGUUUCCCGAGCCGCUUGGCACUGCACGAAAUCACUACAACAACAGCCCGGGUCACUCCUCGCACUCGAAUCAGCAGCCCCCGCUACCGUCGCCUGGGUUUCCCCCACACCACCAGCAACCCCCGCAGACGUCGCGCCCCCGUGAGUACAAGUCUGCAGAGGAGGCCGUCCAAACUCUCUCCGGAGGCCGUGAGGAUCUUCUGCCCCGCAUUGUUCACUAUGGAGGCCAUCAACCCCCGACGCCGCCAUCGCCUAUGCCAAACAAGCAUGCAUCAGGAGCUUACCCCCCGAGUGCUGACCUCCACCGCAGCGGGAGCUCAAGGAGACGAGGCCGAGACGAGUACGAGCGUGACAUGGGCACACCACCGCUUGGACGUCAACAGAUGACACGAAUCGGACCCUUCGGCGAGGGACGCGAUAGCCCCGAGACCCAGCUCAAAAAGAAAGAGGAGUUCAUUCAGCUUUGUUCAAGAGCAUGGGACCUUUUCCACUCGUAA